AUUUAUCUUGCCCAAAAUCGUUUCUUCUUUGGAGAUGGGGUCCCGCUCAUGUCUUGUGCACAAUAAAUCUGAACAGGUCCUGAGGGCUUGGAUGCUUUUGGCAAUAUGCGCUAGAUUUAUUGCAUUAGCAUGAUAACAGUAUGCUGUAGGCUUUUUUGCAUUUCAUUUCUAAGAAAACAGCUAAAACUAUGGUUUCUUUGUUGCUGUUAUUGGGAGCAUCAGAGUAAUGAGGCUCUGCUGGCAGUAGCUUUGAGCUCUAUGAAUGGUAGAGGAAACCUCUCAAUGGUGUUUUUCUUUUGGAUAUUUGAGGAUAUAAGAAUUGGGUUGGCAAAGAACCAUGUGGUUCUUGUUAUCAUUGAUGAUGGUUUAAAGCUAGGAUGAACUUUCUUGCAGGUGGAGACUAAGCGGCGGAAGAGAUAAAAAUGACCAGCAUUUGCUAUGGCCGAUUUAGCUUGGUAGAGGAUUGGCGACUCCGCUGCUUUUUGCGAGACGUGGAGCAGCGCAGAGAGAACUUCAGUGUGCUGUGCUCAAUUCUGCUGGCUGACUGGGUUUCUUGAUUGUAAUAUAUUAACCCUGUCUGUUUGUAUGUGGAACUAACUAGUGCUUUGGACAGACAGUUCUCUUCUAAAUUUAUCCUUCUGGGCCCUUUACAACCGCCCACCCUAACAGUUAAUCAAAUCUGUUGAGGGAACAGCUCUCUUGCCCAGUAUGACACUCUCCUUUUGAAAAACGUGAUGCACAUCUGUAAGAGGACCUGUGUCAAUGUGGAUUCUGAACUGAAGCUGCCAUGUUGCAUCCAUAAACUAGGAGGGUCGUGAACUCGCGAUAGCAUGAACUAGGUUAGGGCAAGUAAUGGCGGGUGUGAGAGUUCACCACCUCGCUUGAUUGCGAGUUGGACUGAAGGCGAUCUCAAUCGGGGAGAUUACUGAUGGCAGCUGGAGUGGAAAGGGGCUUGCAGCUGCAGGUGUAAUGUCAGUUGGAUGAAUAAGAUCGUAGAUGCAUUUGGCUUGGUAAAGGUGAAGGCUUGAGCAGGUGACUUCAGCACUGAAGAACAUAAUUUUGGAAAUGCAAAAUUCAUGACUAAAAGUGAAACUGAAAGACUCCCCCUAAAGCCCAUCAGAAGCAUUCAGGGAGGCCCAGUAGCCUAGGCCCACACAUUGGGCUACUGAGUCCAUCCAUACCGGCGGUCCGCGCCUGAGACACGAAGGAGAUCCAGCUUUAUGAAUUUUUUUGCGCAGGGUUUAAGGCUUCUGCCCCAAAUCGUCUCCGUCCCGCUGCCUCUCUUCUGCCGCCGCGCCGGCGACGUUACCUGCAGUUUCAGAUUCACCGUCGGGGCCUUCUGCUAAAUUUCAAACCUUGCAGAAAUCUGGUAACAACUUUUCCGGCUUUCGCUCGCUGGAGGAUUUUACAAUCCUAGGGUUUUGUAUGCCACCCUCCGAGAUCAAUCUUGCACAGUAACUCGGUUCUGUUGCUUGGGCCGGAUGGCAUCGUCACUCUCGAAAGGAAUAUUGCGUUCUUUUGGUUCCUUGUCUGCUCUUCGCCGUUGCCAGGAUAUCAGUAUCCGAGCUUCGGGGGACUGUUUGUUUUCUCGGGGAUCCUCUUUUCAUUUGGGUUCGGCCGCUUCUCUUUCGCAUCAGAGAUGGUUUACAUCUGUAUUAACCCCUGAAUUAGAAGAUGGUCCAUUUCCCGCCGAUUUGUUAUCCUCAAGGGCUGUGCUAACCCCAGAUCGUAAAAUAGGGCUUUAUCAGGACCUGGUAAUUCCAGUGGCAAAUUUCAACAAUGAGGACAAAGGAUUUAUGGUUCUAGCUGGCGAUGUGUUUGAUGUACCUAUUAGAAAAGACAUCGUUCAUCGAGUCGUGAGGUGGCAACUCGCCAAACGACAGCAAGGAACACAUUCGACAAAAACAAUCAGUGAGGUUAGUGGGACUGGGAGAAAGCCAUGGAAUCAGAAGGGAAGUGGAAGGGCUAGGCAUGGAACGCUGCGUGGACCUCAGUUCAGAGGUGGCUGUGUUAUGCAUGGCCCCAAGCCACGAAGCCACGCCUUUAAACUAAAUAAGCAGGUCAGGCGUUUAGGGUUGAAGAUUGCGUUGACAGCACGUGCAGCAGAAGGAAAGCUUCUUGUGUUUGAGGAUUUGGAGGUUCCUACACACAAAACCAAGAAUAUCGUCAACUAUGUCCAGCAGAUGGAGAAUGCCAAGAAACUACUGCUGGUUGAUGGUGGUUCCAUCAAUGAAAAACUGAAGCUGGCUACACAAAAUAUACAUUAUGUCAAUGUGCUACCUUCAAUUGGAUUGAAUGUCUACAGCAUACUGCAGCAUGACACAUUGGUGAUGUCCCGUGCUGCUGUGAACGGAAUUGUGGAUCGAAUGCACACGCCAAUCAACCGCUAACUUCUGCAAUGCUGUUUGUGGAGGAAACCUGUUCUUUCCUCCUUUUAGGUGGGGGAAUCAUAGGCCAAAGCAAAUAAGAUGUCUAUCGUAAGUUUUUUUGCGUGCUUCAGCUUGGAACCGUGUUAAGGCUAGAAUGUGGUAUUGAUGUAAGCAAAGGUGCUUCAGUCGUACUAGAUUAAUGUGGUUGAAACUUGAAGAAACCAAUGGUUCUGUCCUAAACCUGUGGCUUUGUAUGCUCAUCUUUAUUAUUGACCGCCUGGCACGAAUAUUAGGAUUUAAUGAGCCUUUUACCGUGUCAGAAACGUUUAUAGGUACAUAAUCAAUAUCCCAAUGCUGC